AAUCAUUUCUUCCAUUUCAAUCUCCACACACAAAUUCCUAGAUUUCAUAUAGAUUUGUUCGAUUUAUCACCACAUUCUACUAUUUCUAAUAAUUAAUACCCCUUUUUCGUCAAUGUUAAAUAAUUCCGACGAAUUCCACCGCCGGAUUUUGAAUCUUCCGGCGAUUAGACCCUGCGAAUCCGUCUCCCUCCCAACUCUUCUCACCUCUCUGAUCAAUCUCGGCCGCUCAAUAUGCCGAUUCAAAUCCAAAACCUUCUUCACAAACAAGCCAAACGCAACAAAUUCAAUUCGCCUAAUCGAGGCUCUCCUCAUCUUCCUCGAAGAUCUCCGCCCCACCGCCGCGCCGCCGAGAUCCGAAUCCUCCACAGCCCUAUGCCUCUCCGAGCUCCACUUCAUCUUCCAGAAGCUUCGAUUCCUUCUAGAAGACUGCUCCAGAGACGACGCCAGGCUGCUGAUGCUCGCCAAAUCGGAGGAAGCCUCCACGCAUUUCCGCGUGCUCAUUAACGCCGUCGCCGUGGCUCUCGACGUCCUCCCGGCGCCGGAAUCCGGCGCCGGCGAGGAGGCUCUGGAAGUGGCGGAGCUCGUGAGGAAGCAGGCGGCGGGAUCGAGCUGCCAAGUGGGGAGAGACGAUCGGCGCGCGAUGAGGAGGAUUCUCCGCAUCACUGGCCGGUUCGGGCGAGGGAUCGCGCCCGAACCGGUCGAUCUGAGAAGGGCUCUCGACGAUUUGAAAAUCGGGAGCUGGGGCGAAUGUAACGACGAGAUCAAGUGUUUGGAGAGCGAGCUUGGACGAGAAUGUGGGACGGUUGAGAAAAGGGAAGUCGCUUUAAUCGGAAGUUUGAUCGCAUUCUUGACCUAUUGUAGGUGCACGGUUUUCUUGAGAGUGGAGAGAUCAAGAAAAAACCCGGUUUAUCAGGAAGUCGAUGACCGGUCGGUUCGGGUUUUGAGGUCUGAUGAUUUUAGGUGCCCGAUCACAUUGGAGAUCAUGCGUGACCCAGUUACACUGUUGACCGGUCAAACGUACGAAAGGUCUUCAAUCUUGAAAUGGUUCGGUUCGGGUAAUUGCACUUGCCCCGUAACCGGUGAGAAGCUGACGAGCGUUGAUUUGGUUCCGAAUCUUGCUCUGAAGCAUCUUAUCAUGCACAAAUUUCAAGAACGGGUCAAAAUCGAUGAAUCAAGAAAACAGUCAACGAUUGAUACAUGCAGUGUUGCGGCAGAACAAGCUAUGGCUCUGCUCGCUAACUUUUUGGUUGGGAGGUUGGUCACUGGGACCAACGAGGACCAAAAUAAGGCCGCAUUCGAGAUCCGUCUGCUUACCAAAACAAGUAAUUUUAACCGAUCUUGUUUGGUUGAAGUGGAUGCGAUCCCGUCUUUGUUGGAGCUAAUUCGUUCGACUAGUCGGGCUUUGCAGCAUAAUGCGAUGGCGGCAUUGCUCAAUUUGUCGAAGUAUCCUAGGGGCCAGAAGAUCAUAAUGGAAAACGAGGGAUUGGACAUUAUAGUCGAGGUCUUGAACAACGGUCUAACUGGGGAAGCACGCCAGCAUGCAGCUGGCACGCUAUUCUAUCUUUCCUCGGUUGAAGAUAACCGAAGGAAGAUAGGGAGGACCCCAGGGGCCAUCCAGGGCCUAAUGGGGGUCCUCAGUGAUGGGGAGGAUCGAGGAAAAAAGAGCGCCCUAGCCGCGUUCCUGGGCCUCCUGGUGCACCCUGAGAACCAUUGGAGGGUGCUAGAAGCAGGACUAGUCCCGCUUCUGGUAAAUCUGCUAAGAUCUUCUGUAAACGGAGAUCUAGUAGCAGAUUCUCUAACAGUUUUGGCCGCACUUGCCGUCAAAGUUGAUGGAGCGGUGGUCAUUGUCAGUGCUGGGAUUCUGCCUAUCAUAGUGCAGAUUCUUGGCACCUCCAACUCCAGAGACGCCAGAGAAUACAGUGUGUCAUUACUACUUUCUUUAUGUAGCAACGAUGCGACAGACGUGGUUCCGAUUUUAGUGAAGAACUCGUCAUUGAUGGUGUCGCUCUACUCGUUGAUCUCCGACGGCUCGCCUCGAUCGACCAAGAAAGCGGCGUCGCUCAUCCGGAUUCUUCAUGCUUUCAAUGAGAAGAGCUCUUCAUCUCUAGCUCAAGAACAAUUUGUUCGUGUGUGGUAAUCGAAUAUUAAAGCAUUGCCACACACUUGAUUUCAUUACAAGCAUCAAGAAUAUGUAUAGGAUGCUUGUUUUGCUUUGAUUUUCUUUUCCUAUUUUCGGUUGAUUUCUUUGAUUGAUUUGAUUGUUUGUGGCAUGAGCUCGAAUUUUUGAAGAGCUUUUAUCACUAGGUUUCUUCUAGUUUUUUUAAUGAAGAAACCAAUUCUGUGAUUAUAAUAUUAUUACCUUUGUUUGUA